AUGGAUACUCCGGGCCUGAUCGACGCUGACGCCCAGUCGUCCUCUGGCAAACAGCCAUCGUCAAGCGAGUCUUCGCCCGCCGUUUCGGCGGCUUCUCCGGCUAGCAAACGCUACAGAGCGGCCAAUGCCACUCCUGACUGCUGUCGUACUUGCAGGCUGCGCAAGGUCAGCUACGAUUUCUCUUCGUUUCACCCCCAGUCCAGUCUGCAGUCCCUUUCCCGACAUGCGGGCCGCCGGCGCCCCAGACAACGCCCGCUGCCGGACUGCAUCAUUCAGGCUGCUGUCAAGACCACGGCCAUGGCGCCAGUUGUGCAGCAUAGCACCGACAAUCUGCGCGAUCCUCAAGAUCGCGUGUCAAGAACAACUCCCAGCGCUAGCCACACCGAGGCGGGUACCCUGCGCAAGCGCGCACAAAGAGCCUGCAGCCAAUGCCACUCACACAAGACAAAGUGUUCCGGCGAUUUGCCUCGCUGCCGGCGUUGCGAGGCCAGCAAUCUCAUUUGCGAGUAUACACCCACCAAGCGAAAAUUUACCAGUGUUCGCUACAGCGCUACCAACGGCACCGAUGGCGCACCCACCCCAUCAGAGACCAAUAUUAGCAUGCAAUCUACCGAGGAGCUGUCAGCCAAUAGCCCAACCACCAGUCACCUUCAAGGAUAUUACGUUAUGCUCUUAGACCCAAAUGUAUUAGGCGCUGAGGACAAGUUAAUCAAGAGAGAUAUUGUUUCACGACAUUUUGAAGUGUAUAUGUACUGUCUCUACUGGAUGCCGAGUUUGGGCUUCCUUCACCCUCCUACAAUAUGGCGCCAAAUUGACGACAUGACACUUCAUCCAGCCAAGGCCGCUGCGAUAUGCUCUGUUACAUGUUUCUUUGCGAAUCCUGGCGAAGUUGGUCGUGACUUUGGCCAGAGAUGCUGCAACCAAGUGGAAUCAUAUCUUAUUCGAAGUAUUGAUCGAUUCUCGGAAGAAUCCCUCAUGCUCACCACUCUGAAUACCCUUUUCAACCUCUUUCUUGGCUCCUAUGCCAGAGUCUGGACGUGUCUCGGGAUCGGCUCUCGCGUCAUGGUCGGCCUGCAAGCGAAUUGGGAUUCUGAAAUAUACACAGGCCGCUCUUGGAUCGAGCAGGAGAGCUUACGUCGACUAGUGUGGCAGAACUUUUACAUGGAUAGGCUACUUGCCGGGGGUUAUGAUGAGUAUCUCGCCAACCGCAAUGAUACCUGGAAGCUCCGACUACCUUGCACGGAAGAAGCCUAUCGCGGGAACCGUCCUGUGAUAGCCGACCGCCUACAUGACAACCCCCCUCUGUACCUCGAAAAUGCCGGCUUGCAUGCUUGGCAGCUUCGAUUAUGUGAUUUGAGACACCGAAUUCAGGUAGCGACUAAGCGGCUGACACUCCCUCAAGUCAACGUUUCACGACCGGAACCAUCCGCAGUCAUGUCGGAGAUUAUGACUCUCCAAAAUGAAAUAGGAUGUUUCCACAUGUCGCUUCCGGCGCAAUAUAAGCUUACUGACCAGGUCAUUGAGCGCAUUAUGGGCACUGAGGAGCGAAACGGCUACAUCUACCUACACUCUCACAUUGGUGUCAGCCACGUGGACCUGUAUCGCUUUUCUCUGCCAGGUGUUCACGGCACUGCUCCAGACCUUCUACAGCGACUUCCGCGGGAAUUUGUACUAGCAUCGCAAAAACAGGCGGUUGCGCAUUCCAUCAGCGUCGCCACCUUUUGUGACGUGGUUCGACGCGAGCACGAAAAGCAUCCCUCGUUGUUACCAUUACGACUGACUGGGGAUUAUUCCAUAACACACAUGUGCACGCAGGCGAUUCGCGUGCUAGUCGUGGCCUUGUGCCACAACUUGUACCAUGACAUUGCGGGCAAGACGACAAGCCCUCCUUGGAGGGGUAUCAACUCGCGCGUAGUGACAGAAGCAGACAUUCGAGAGAUGAUUGACAAUCUUUUCAAGGUGAUGGAGCCGUGGAGUCACAUCUCGCGCAUCACCAAACAAGCGUAUGACGCCAACAGGAUCAUGGUGGACCACUACUACAAGACGGGCAAAUUAAAUGAGACUCCCAACGCCGGGCUGAUUGAGGCGACACGGAUGAGCAUGUUGUCGGGCCCAGCUGGAGGGUCUAUUCUAGGCAGCACGGACCAGUCUGUCAAUGAGCAGUGGGGUGCCAGUGCCAACAUGCCGUCAUCGGAGGACGGUUCUCCGUAUGGUGCGGUGAAUCUUGGGUUCGAGAUGGAAAACGGACCGCCCGGAGUGCCGCUUUUCUUAGAACAGGCACGUAUGGCACCGCUGGAAGAUACGGGACUUGGACUGUACGAUGGUGACAACUCGUUCGAGCACUCUCCGCUUUGGGAGUUUUCCAAGGACAUGAGCAAAGUGAUUGAAGAAGACGAGCGACUGACACUCGAUGGCCAGUAUCGAGCGACGGCGGGCCGCAUGUACAGCGACAAGGACGUGUCGGCGUACCUGCGGCACCAGCAGCGUCAGGUGAAUGGGUACUCGAACAAUUAUGUGAAUGGGCAUGCGGAUCCUUCGCGAUAUACGUACCCAGGCCGUUGCUAA